UCGCCUCUUUGACGUAGAUCCACUGUUAGGCAUCCAUAAUUUUAUUUGGAGCUUCAUACAUAAAUUGCAUGUCAUCAUCUUCCGUUUAUUGAUCUAUAUUUCUAAUAAAUUGGCUUCUCUGUUUUGCAGGAAAAUGGCAGAUAUUGAUCUUCCUUCUAGGCUUUUUACAGACAUAGAAGAACCUGCCGGUGAUCGUGUUAACAUGUACUUUAAGCUUAAUACCAUCAAAGCCGUUCUAAAGGCCCUGACCCCCAAGGAGAUCGAAACCAUUCGACCUUGCUUUGGGAAAAUCUUGGAUCUUUACUCAAAGCCGGUGUUCUCCGGGAAGUUGGCCCACUUUCUAUUAACCCGCCAGUUGAGUGUGGUCAAACGCCAUGAAAUAUGGUUUGUAUUCGCCGGAAUACCGAUCAGAUUCUCGUUACGGGAAUUUGGUCUAGUUACUGGUCUUAACUACAACCCUCUUCCCCCUCUCGAAAGGUCUCUGAUUAGGCCACCUCCCGGUGUGACGCCUUACUUGUUUACCCUUUUCGGUGGGGAAAAUUAUUUCAUCGGCGAGAUGUUGUUGUCGAAGCUGCAGAAAUCUAAGGCUUUAACCAGCGAAUUGCGGGUUAAUUUUGAUAUGACGAUGCAAUGUAUUAAGUCUAGAUCUUUACUUCAAUUGGCUCAGGCCACUGUUGUCAUCCAAGGUUUUAUACACGCUUUGGUCCUUGUAUUUGUGGAGGCUAUUCCGGCCGUUCUUUCAGUAGGUUGUGAUAGAACCGAACCGGAAUCCGACGAUGAAGAUAUGUUCCGUGUAAUUUCUUUGAAUUUAGAUAAAGUGUGGGAAUUGGAUGGAGAAGAUCAGGUCGAUGUUCUGUCUAUCAUACCUUCGGCUGAUGUUGUCACUAGGGUGGAAUAUUGCGGUUGGGUUGAUGAGGUAAGUGACCCCAGUGUUCAAGUAUUGUUAAAGCGCCUUGAAGAAGGUGUCAAGUUCAGCCGUCAGAUGUUUGUUGGUGGUAUUAGAGGUUGGGGUCAAUGAUUCGAGGGACAACUUUCCGCUGCACCCGUUGACUUUC